CUGUAUGCUAAUGCCCAAGGUCUUCCCUCCAAAAUUGAUGAUUUCAAGGCAGUACUUUCGAAGUGGAAACCUGAUGUAGUUGCUAUAAUCGAAACAUGGCUAAAAACAGAAAUCGCGGAUUCGGAGAUUUCGACACCAGCAUACCAGAUUUUCCGCAAAGAUCGUCAAAACCGACAAGAUGGUGGGUUUGCGGUGUAUGUCCUAACUGGAAUCUCUGUUGUCGAAAGAGAACACACUCAAGCCCGGGAGUGUGAAUCCGUCUGGUUAAAGAUAAAGAAGGCUAAUUCGCAGAACCUAGAAUUCCUGGCCGUAGACCGGCCACCAAACAAUCUUAAUAGAGCCGACAACUCGCUCCUUAGUCUGGCGAAGGAAGCUGCCAACCACCAGGAGGUCCUUAUUGUUUGUGACUCCAUGGCACCUGCAAUUGACUGGAGCAACCUGACAGUGGAGGCGGCGUCCACUUCCUUUAUUUCCUAA